AUGUGUAUGAGAGGUGGCGGCACCAGGUCCAUGUGUACAAAAAGAAGCUAUAGAGCAAGAAUAUCACAAUACCUACCCUCGUCCUCCUGUCAUGAUCAUGAUCAUCAGUCUGACUUUAAAAGAUCCAAAAAAUUGCCAAUAUCCUCAUCAAAAUUCACGAGUAUUGAUGACCUGCCUGACCACAUAUUGGUUGAAAUUCUUUGCCGACUCCCACAGAAAUCCACUUCUCAAUACAAGUGCGUAUCCAAAAAUUGGUAUCUUCUCAUCUCUGAUCCUUAUUUCUUUCGUCGUUUUCUAUGUAUUCAACAUGAACGGCAAAACCCCAUUAAACAUACCCUCAUCUUCUCGGAUAAUACAGAUCGGAAGACGGAUUUUUUUUCAAUAGAGGAGCAGUUGGGACUACACAGCAAACACAGGCGCAAGUUCUCUUUCAGUUUCCUCCCUUGCUAUGGAGCCACAGGAAGAGAACCACUUGUGGUUGGGACCUAUAAGGAUCUAGUUUGUUGCUGCGCAACUUGGUACAAUCAACGUGACUACUACAUCUGUAAUCCCUACACUAAGCAGUGGGUUGCUCUUCCUCCUACCCCUCGAUGUCACAAGGAAGUACGAGCCGGAUUCAUAUGCAAUCCUAAGCACCAAAAUGAUGAUGAUGACAUUGAUAUUGGAGAUCGAAAACAAGAAUCCAACAGGUACAGGUACAAGAUUGUGCAAAUAAUAAUUCCUAUGGUUAAUUAUGCAACGCCUAAUUUUCAGUUCAACUUGCAAAUGUUCUGUUCUGAGAGUGGUAAAUGGACAGAGGCAGUUGCAUUAAGCCCACAAAGUUUUGUUAGUUUGUCUGCUGAUGCUGGUGUUGCUCACAAUGGGAUGUUGUAUUGGCGGGGACAUGAUUUUAUUUUUGGCUUGGAUCCCUUUUCCAAUGAUAACCCUAACACUAGUAGUAGUAUGAUUACUGAUGAUACUGUUGACCACCAUACAUUUCAUUGUCGUUUCAUUGGUAAGCCGGAUGAAGAGCGGCGUGCACGUUUUGAUUUCCUGGGUGUGUGCCGAGGGCGCUUGCGAAUGUGCCAACUGUUCGUCUAUUACACUCUGGAUGGUCGAAACCACCAUGGUGUUAGUAUCUGGGAGUUGAAAGAAGAUGAUCAUGAUCAUGAGGCCAACAACAAAUGGUGUUUAGUACACAUAGUUUACACCGAUCAAAUUGUUUCGGAAACUCCACUCAUGAGUCGAUACAAAAAUGUAGGCUUCUGGGAAAGGACUAUAAUGGUGCAAGAUUUCGAUCCAAAUAACGAGCAUGUUUUGUAUCUACAAUUGUUUAAUCGCCAAGUCAUGUACGACCUUCGUACUAGAACCCUAGAGGUCGUUAUGCUCUGGCCAUUUAGUGCUAUUGUUUGUCUCGGAAAACGUGUUUUCACAUUUGUGAUACCAUGGUGGCCAACACUACAAUACCAAUAUGCAUACGCAUCUCCAUCUUGA